CAUUUUUUUAGUUUAAUUUUAUGUUUGUGACAUAAUUUCAAUAUGGGUUCAUGGAUUUAUAUCUUUUCUUUAAUUUUAAGAUCCAUUUCUCAUCUGGGUUUUAUUGGUUUAUCUUUAAAAAGGUUUUAUCUUUGCUUAAUUCAAUGGAUUAAUAUAUUGUUUAACUGUUUUACCUGUUUGUGCGAUUAUUUAUUUAUUUUUUGUUGGAAUUUGCAUAUAUUUACCAUGUAAAUAUGAAUUUUUUUAAUAUUCAAUUCAACAAAAGUGUUCAAGACAAGCUUGAGGGCCUGCUUUUGAAUAGUUGGAGUCAGAAAAAUGCUUAUGCUUUUGUGGUUUUUGUUUGAUAUAUAUGGAGAAUGAGAAAAAAAAUCAGCUGGAAAUAACUAUGUAAGAUUGUCCUCUAGUUGAAGUUAUUUGAAACAUGGGAAUUUUUUCUUUGUAAAAUUCUGAUUAAAGUUGUCUUAAAAAGACAAAAACAAUGUUUUGGCUAGUUUUUGUACAACUGGAUAGCGUUUCCGUUAUUCCUUGAUCUCGUUUGGUAAGGGGCAAAGAAGGUGGUUUUUGUCGGCUAGGAAAAGAAUCAUUGUUGUUCAAUAAUUUUUGGGAAAAAAGUGUUUACAUAGUUGAAAUUGCUGGUGUUAUGGUUUAGUUGAGUUGAGAAUUGUGAUUGAAUGAGGAGGUAGAACAACUUUUUUCUCCUCUGAUCGGAAGAAAAUUUAUGAGGUUCUGAGGAUGGAGGAGAUACAGAAGCCUGACAAUCAUACCACAUCAGCUGCAGCUUUUGUGGAAGGGGGAAUCCAGGAUGCCUGUGAUGAUGCUUGUAGUAUAUGCCUCGAGGAGUUUUCUGAAAGGGAUCCUUCAACAGUGACUAAUUGCAAGCAUGAGUUUCACCUCCAAUGCAUUCUUGAGUGGUGCCAGAGAAGUUCGCAUUGUCCCAUGUGCUGGCAAGCCAUUGGCUUGAAGGACCCUGCAAGUCAAGAAUUGCUUCAAGCAGUAGAAAGGGAAAGGAGCUUUAGGGUUACUCCAUCAAGAAAUACCACCAUAUUUCACCAUCCCACCCUUGGUGAUUUUGAAUUGCAACAUUUGCCAGUUGGUGUGAAUGACCAUGAACUUGAAGAGCGUAUAAUUCAGCACUUGGCUGCUGCUGCUGCAAUGGGAAGGGCCCACCAUGCUGGUAGGAGGGAGGAGCAGAGAAGAUCAUCUGCUCAUAGUCGUCCACACUUCUUGGUGUUUUCUGCUCAUCCUGGUGCACAGCAUUCUGGUCCUGUAUCGACACGUCUGACUCAGAUAGCAGGGGAAACUGAAGCAGCUGCAAUCACCAUAGCUAGUCCAUCUACUCCACUAUCAUCUAGAGGAGAUGAGUUAUCUCAACAGACGUCACCAUCUGCUUCUAGUCAAAAUAUAUCUGCCUCUGGAUCUACUGUCAGUCCAGUGAAUAGAAGAGGAUUUUCCUUUAAUAAUCGAAGCACUUCUGGUACUUCUUCCUCAUUGCCAAAUCAAGAAAGAGCAGGACCAUCAGAGUUUCAGUCAUUUUCAGAAUCUCUGAAAUCCAGAUUUAAUGCAGUGUCCUUGAGAUAUAAGGAGUCAAUUUCUAAGAGUACCAGAGGCUGGAAGGAGAGGUGGUUCUCACGUAAUUCUUCUAUGUCUGAUUUUGGGAAUGAAGUUCGUAGAGAAGUGAGCACAGGAAUUGCUACUGUAUCUCGUAUGAUGGAGCAUCUUGAAACCAGUGAAAAUAGUAGAGGAAACCAAGCUUCUGUGUCACAUCAUUUGGCUGAAUCUUCUGUUACAGAGCAAGACAACCAGCAUAAUACAGGGAUGCGUGGAGAUAAUCCUUUAAGCAUUAGCCCUUCACCACCUUCGCAUGCUGCAAGCUCUCUUUCUAAUUAAGUUAUGAAAAUUUAUUUCUGCAAAUUGCAUCAUCCUCAGCAUUUCAUCUUUGUGGGUUGCCGAUCUUGUUUCUCCAGAAAUGACGUGUUGUGGAAAGGUGCUUUUGCAUUUCAGGUUGAUAGGUUUGUAAAUGGACAUUGUCAUGGUGAUUGUAGUCUUGAAUCUGAAUUAAAUUGAGAGGAAGUCUGAGAAAGAGCUUCCAUCUGGACAGAGACUUUUAUAUGGGUAUAUAUAUGUGUAAAUUUGUUUAUAUAUAACAAUGUCUGGAUGGCUGAUUUGACACAGUUAAUUUUAAUUACUCUUGUGGAGAAACAGGUGAUAAUAGAUGGAUUUUGAAACAGCCUUAAUACAUAUUGCAAUUUCCUUCAGCAUCAUUUUCCCUGUGAAUAUCCUCAGGGACAACAGAGCAAUGUUUCACUGUAGUUUACUAGUUUUCUACAAACUUGUGUGGAAACUCAUUUUGGUUAAGUCAGGGAUGUAGAUAUUGCUUCUCCAAGGUUCUCUGUCUGAUAGACAAAUUUGAACCUUGUCAUGUUUUGAAUUCCAGGAUUUGUAGCCCCGAAACCCAUAUAACUGAUUUUUCAUAUUGGCUAGAAUUUGUUUGAAUAUGACAGCUUUGGUAGACAUUAUCUGAGAAUCAACCCACGGAAGAAACAGGAUAACAAGAACCAAAAAAAGAGUUUGUUCAAAAGGCCCUUUGUCUUGCACAACCACUUGGUGGAGAGCAGUACUGAUACAACUCAACCAUGCAUUGAAACAAGCCAAGUCAGAAAAGAAGGCCGAAGCCCAAAGUCUAAAAAUUGACAAAAAUACUGACUAUAUGGCCCUUUGUCUUGUAAUUCGUCGGGUCAUAGUCUCCAAGUAAGGGCAGUUGGACACCUUUGUUUCCCCAUUUAGUCAGCUCUCCCUUCUGGUAGGUUGGGUUGGAGGAGGGAAGCUUUCAAGUUUCACAAUUUUAUUAAAUUCCCAACAAGAAAAACCCAUUUGUACUAAGCGCCAGAAUUUUGCCAGGAAAAGCUUGACCGUCUUUUUUUUCUUUUUUUUUUUUGCUUUUGGUUUGUGCUGGAAGUUCAAUAAAAGAGAGACAGAAAGUUCCAGCAUAUUGAUUAGAAGAAGGAAAUCAUAUGGCUGUGGGCAUCUUCAAUUGUGGAAUCCAAAGAAUAUGGGCCCUUUAAAUCUUUAUAUGAUUGUCACUAACCUUUCUAAUAAUGCCAAAUGCUUAUAUCCAAGAUUAUCAAACAACAUUCCAAGUCUCCAAUUAUUGUUUCUUUUUUCACUU